UUAACAACGUUGUCUUUCGGUUUUAAAAAGCAAGGGCGGAGUCACCGGUGAGAUUAACAACGCCUACAGAUUAACCCAAGACCAGAAGAGCAGCGGAUCUGACAGGAGCGCAAGGAAACCUCUCAACGAAAAUCUAAGCAAAAUAUGUUUUCUCUUCCCACAACCUUUCAGUCGCAGGGAACAGUGCCUUUGACCCAUCUGAUCAAUGUGGUCCAGUACCUGAAGAGUUCAGCCAACACUGCCAUCACCACAUCAGUGCAGAGUCUACAGAGAGACCUUUCACCUGAACAUGACCCAGAUCUCCGUGAGCCCAAAGUAAACUUAAAGGACCUGGGUCUGUCAGAGCUGAGGUAUAGUCAUGUACGUGAUGUUCUGGAGCACCUGCUGCCUUCUAUAGAUCCAGAGGAGAAAUCCAUAUCCAGCGCUGCUCAAAACUCAGCAACAUGGAGAACAUCUCACAUUUCUGCCUCCUCCUUCUUCCAAAACAAAUAUGGGUUCUCUCACAAACACAUGGGACUCUUUGGCUCUCCAGUGUUUCGCAGGCAAAGUUCCAGCCCCCUCCAGGUGGCCUGCGUAGAUCUGCAUCAUCUGCAAUUAUGGGUCCAAAACAGAGGUUUCAAGACAAUGAAGUCCAAGACCAGACAUGUGCAGUCUGGUUUUGAAGGUCCAGUAGAUGCAGAGAAUUAUAAGCCAGCCUUUAUGAAGGGCCUCCUUAUGAAGGAAAAGCAAGACAUGGGGAGUCUUGAACAGUUAUUGAAACGGAAUAACUUGCCAGAAUCUGACCAGGAUGCUUUUAAGAUCGGCUUCACAGAGGGCUUCCUGAAAGCUCAGGCUUUGACACAGAGAACUCAAGACUCUGUAAAGAAGACACGUUUGAUUAUUUUUGUCCUCCUGCUUGUGGGUCUGUAUGGUGUGUCCAGAAGCCCUCUCUUCUCGGGUAAAGGGUCGUUUUCCGACACUGUUCGUUUCCGCACCACCUCUGGUCUGGAUUCAGCUGUGGACCCCAUUCAGAUGAAGAAUGUCACCUUUGAACAUGUAAAAGGUGUGGAGGAAGCCAAAAACGAGCUUCAGGAUGUUGUCGAAUUUUUGCGAACCCCCCAGAAAUUCACUGUGCUCGGUGGUAAACUUCCCAAAGGUAUCUUGCUUGUGGGGCCUCCAGGAACAGGAAAAACCCUGUUGGCCAGAGCUGUAGCAGGUGAAGCAGACGUGCCCUUUUACUACGCCUCCGGGUCAGAGUUUGACGAAAUGUUUGUGGGAGUUGGCGCGAGUCGCAUCAGAAACCUUUUCAAGGAAGCCAAAGCUAGUGCACCAUGUGUAAUAUUUAUCGACGAACUGGACAGUGUAGGAGGGAAGAGAAUCGAGUCUCCCAUGCACCCAUACUCGCGACAAACCAUCAACCAGCUGCUCGCUGAGAUGGAUGGGUUUAAACCCAAUGAUGGAGUCAUUGUGAUUGGAGCUACGAACUUUGCUGAAGCUUUGGACAAUGCUCUGGUGAGACCUGGCCGGUUUGACAUGCAAGUCACCGUCCCAAGACCAGAUGUGAAGGGACGCACAGAAAUCCUGGAGUGGUAUUUGAAAAAAAUUAAGGUGGAUUCUGCUGUUGAUGCGGAGAUCAUUGCUAGGGGAACAGUGGGUUUCUCUGGAGCCGGACUGGAGAACUUGGUGAACCAGGCAGCGCUGAAGGCAGCAGGCGAUGGGAAAGACCUGGUGACCAUGAAGGAGCUGGAGUUUGCGAAGGAUAAGAUCCUUAUGGGCCCAGAGCGCCGGAGUGUGCAGAUUGACAAGAGAAAUAAGAUGAUCACAGCCUAUCAUGAGUCAGGACAUGCUAUAGUGGCUUAUUACACCAAAGACGCAAUGCCAAUCAACAAAGCUACCAUCAUGCCACGCGGCCCUUCACUUGGUCAUGUAUCUUUGCUGCCAGAGAAUGAUCGCUGGAAUGAGACACGGGCCCAGCUGCUGGCUCAGAUGGACGUCAGCAUGGGCGGCAGGGUUGCUGAGGAACUGGUGUUUGGAAAUGAUCACAUCACUACCGGAGCAUCCAGUGAUUUUGAUGGAGCCACUAAAAUAGCACAGAUGAUGGUGACGCAGUUUGGAAUGAGUGACGAGCUGGGGGUCAUGACCUAUAAUGACCUGACGAACCAUAGCUCUGAGACCCAGGCUGCUGUAGAACAGGAAGUCAGGGUGCUGUUGCAGAACUCGUAUGAAAGGGCAAAGAAUCUACUUAAGACCUACAGCAAAGAGCACAAGCUGCUGGCCGAUGCCCUGCUGACUUACGAGACUCUAAAUGCAAAGGAAAUUCAGAUGAUCCUGGAGGGAAAGUCACUAGAUCCCAGAUGAUGAAGUCUUGGAUUAACAGAGACAUUUCAAGGCACAAUCUUACCUUACCUGUAAAUAUAAAUGUUUGUAAUAAAAAA